AUGCUCUCGAUACUCUGCGCGGUGCUGUCGGUGCAAUCAGCUGUAGCAAUUUCCUUCACAGUACCCUCAACGCCACCAGCCAAUGCAAGCCAGCAGCUCCUCAAGGCACCGAUUGGAGUGUCUUUAGAAUUCUUCGCAUGGCCAGGCUAUACCGACCUCGCCUCCACUGAGCAGUGCCUUCAAAAUCUGCAAGUACUCACAGGAACUUGGCCGCCCAUGCGGAUUGGCGGAACCACCCAGUAAGCCAGUCUGCUACACUGAAGUUGCUCUCGACUGACCAUGCAUACACAGAGACCGAGCCACCUACGAUGCUUCUUCGCCUAACGAAGUAACAUAUACUGUAGCCAGUCCUACAGACGCUCCUGCAUCUUUGACGUAUGGACCUUCAUUCCUGACUCUGGCGGGAACGUACAACGGGAGCACCAUCAUUGGUAUUGAUAACAUGGAAUGUCCACCUGCGGCUGGUGCUAACGGUUCUGCUAGGUCUCAAUCGUCAGCUGAACAAUUUGUCUAACACCAUUCAAGCGGCUGAGAAGGCAGUUGCUGAAGUGAAGAACCUCUACGCCAUCGAACUUGGCAACGAGCCUACCUGUAAGGGACACCGAAUUAAAGCUCUUGGGCCCCUCUGACCAGUGCUACAGUCUACUCCGCGUCUUCGCCCAUCAACACAGAUGGCGGAUCAUACACUCCGGCCAACGACUUCGCCUCGCAGACAUCUUGGCAGAAGUCCGUUGGUAGUGCGCUAUCCAAGACAGAUAUUAUCUCUGCCGGGGUCUACUUUGGCACCACUGGCUUCAACAUACAAGGUCUUACGGCGUUAGAAGGUGACUCGAACCAAUACGUCAAAGACUACUGCUCGCACAAUUAUGCGCAAGGCCCGUCCACUGCCGAUUUGCCGCAGCUGAUGAACCACAGCGCGAUUGCAAAGCAGAUCACACCUUUCAAGGCUGAGAUUGCCGCGGCCAAUGCCAAAGGCAAGCCGCACAUCAUGGGAGAGACGAAUUCUGGUAUGUGUAAACUUGCCGAGAUGUUUGGAACCGCUCCAUUGACACCAUAAAUAGCAACUCAAGGCGGAGGAGGCAUUAGCCGAAUGUAUGGAUCGGGUCUGUGGGUCAUGGACUACUCUCUGCAGCUCCUGCACCUUGGAACGCAGUCGAUAUACUUUCAUCAAGGCACCAUUGGCAACUGUAAGUCACGAUUUCGGAAUAGAACCCAAAACUUCAAAACGGCUUGCCGACUGACACGUCUUCAGGUCCCUACUGCUGGUGGGGACGCUACUCCAUUGGCGCGCCAUACUAUGGGGCCUACUUUGCUACUCUGGCACUCGCUGGAGCCGACCAGAUUGCUCCACUGGACACAUUCAGCACCACUUAUGGUGCCUGGGCGAUCUACUCCGGCGGUAAGAUCACCAAGGUGCUCCUGUAUAACUCGGACUACUAUGCCUCCGGAACUCGCUCCACGCAGACUUUCACAUUGUCUGGUCUGAGCGGGGCCAGCGUUCGAGCUACAAGAUUGACUGCUCCUUUCUCCACUUCGCAACAGGACCAAGGGCAGAACCCGACGGUUGGUGGACAAACUUUCCAGAAUGGAACGUGUGAGAUUCAAGGAACUGCUGUCCAGGAGACCGGGACUGUCAAGGAAGGACAAGUCACCUUCACAUUGGCGGCCAGCGAGGCUCUGUUAGUUUACACUUAG